AUGCCCACUCUUGGAACCACUGGAUGGAAAGUCAAGCUCCAUACGAAGCGCGGUGUUGUGGAAGAGCGUGAUGUGGUCGAGAACUUCGGUGGCACCAGAUGUCGAAUCUCGUGCUCACCUGGUGUGCAGUUUUAUUUCAGCUUCGAGACGAGACAAAACAGGGGCGGCGUAUACGUGGAGAUAUUCAUGGACGGGAUUCAAUUUGAACACUUCUGUAUUCCUGGCGGCAUCACGUCUAUGAACAGCUACGGCUGGCAAGAUCCUAAAACGCGGAAAGUCCAUCCGUUCGCAUGGAAGUCUGCGCGCACACUGUGUUUAGCUGAUGUUGUCGAAAGAACGACUACUAUCCGGUUGCAUGGAACGAUCAUCAUCAGACUGUACAGGUUACAGGGAUCAUUGUGUAAAGCUGGAACGUACCUGCCAGAUCCAUCACCUCUCCGAUCCAAGUGCAGACCAAAGCAAACCUACUAUGCUCAUAUAGGAAAAGUAGCGCUUCCCGUGUCCAAAGUUCCGCGUGAUAUUCGACGAAGUUGUGCGACUGGUGAGGGUCUUGGCCCAAUAUUGGCGCACAUUCGAUUUGAAUACUUACAAAGCGUUUUGCAAGAUUCGACUGACUUGAUAGUAGCUAAGAAUCCCUUUGACAUACCUGUCCCAGCAGGAGAGUCGUUGGAGUGCAUGCACAAGAACCGAAAGAUCGUGCGUGCUUUCAAAUGGUCUGACUCCUGA